AUGCAACCGGGUACAAUAAAACUGAAUAAUAAUCAACCUAUUCUGCAGAAUACUGCGCUUGGCUGGAUUGUAGGCGGCUUAAUAGAACAAUCAUCAACGAACGUCACAUCAGCAGCGCUAACAUGUGCAAUUUUCGAUAGUGAAACUUCACUGACACAAGCAAUUGAGAAGUUAUGGAAACUCGAAGAAGGAGGAUCAACGGAAAGGGUAAUAUCUCCGCUGGAAACCCGGUGCGAGUCUCAUUAUAAUCAGCAUGUCCAGACGGAUCAGAACGGUCGAUUCAUUGUUAGUCUUCCUUUCCAAGAAUCUCCAACAACAUUGGGAAAAUCUCAUGCGAUGGCGUAUAACCGGUUCAUGAGUCUUGAACGUCGGCUUCUUCAGAAGGAUGAUAUCCGCAUGCAAUACAUCAAGUUCAUGCAGGAAUAUGAAAUGCUAGGACACAUGCAGAAAAUUGACGUGAAUAUAGUGUCGAACCCUAAAUAUUUCAUUCCGCAUCACUGUGUGCUUAAACCAGAUAGUACCACGGCAAAAUUAAGGGUGGUAUUUGAUGCAUCCGCGAAAACGUCAUCGGGUCAUUCGUUAAAUGACUUAAUGUACACAGGACCAACUGUGCAAAGUGAACUGUUCUCUAUCCUGCUACGGUUCCGAUUACCAAAGUUUGUCUUCACAACUGACAUUGAAAAAAUGUAUAGACAAAUCUUAAUUCACCCCGAUGAUCAGAAAUAUCAACUGAUCAUUUGGAGGGAAGAUCCAUCGCACCCAGUUAGCUAUUACAAGCUCAAUACUGUUACAUACGUGCAGCACCGUACCUUGCCACAAAGUUUCUACAGAAAAUCGCAGACGACAACUUGGAUCGCUAUCCCCUUGGUUCAGAAAUGCUAA